UGAUAUUUUAUAAAUACCCUCUUGCUCAGCCCGUUUGUAAUAAUCUGUUUCCUCACCAUCCACGAGCUACAAGGAGGUUUCCAGCUAUAGCAACAGCUUCUCCCUUUCAAACGUAUAUCACGCCUUGGGCACUCAUUCUUUCGCUGUUUCCGCUCAUUUCUUUCUUUGGGUCAUUCUUUAUCAACUGUAUAUUCCGUCUCGGUUAGAACACCCCUCAAGAAAUCCAUUCAAUAUGGUUGGCUCAGCUAGUACUAUCGCCCUCGCUGCAGCAGUCGCCAGCAUUGCGACCGCUUCGCCGGCACGUCCGCCCAAGGUUGGGACUUUCUCUGUCCCUCAGGUCAAGAACCCUGGCUUCAAGCCUCAUGGCCCGGCGCAGCUGGCUAAGGCAUACCUGAAAUAUGGUGUCAAGCUCCCGGACGGCUUGUCUAGGAUUAUUGCCGACUUGAAGGUUUUCCGCCGCGAUAGCGGAAGCGCUAAGGCUACCCCGGAGCAGUACGAUAUCCAGUACCUAACUCCCGUCUCGAUCGGAACUCCUCCUCAACAACUUAACCUUGAUUUCGAUUCUGGCUCGUCGGAUCUCUGGGUCUUCAGUACCGAGCAACCUAGCAACAGUAUCAACGGCCAGACACCGUACAACCCCCAAGAUAGUAGCACGGCUAAGAAACUCAGCGGUGCCAGCUGGGACAUCUCAUACGGUGACGGCAGCUCUUCGAGCGGUGACGUUUACACCGACGUCGUUACCGUCGGCGGCGUGACAUUCAAGAACCAGGCUGUGGAGGCAGCUAAGAAGGUCUCCGACCAAUUUACGAGCGACAGCAACAACGAUGGCCUUUUAGGUCUCGCCUUCAGCAGCAUUAACACAGUAACUCCCAAGCAGCAGAAGACGUUUUUCGACAAUGUCGCACCCAGCCUCGACGUCGCUGCCUGGACUGCUGAUCUCAAAUACCACGAGGCCGGUACCUACGACUUCGGUGUUAUCGACAAGUCCAAGUACACUGGUGAGAUCACCUACACAAACGUCGACAACAGCCAAGGAUUUUGGGCUUUCACCAGCUCCGGAUACGGUGUCGGUAACACCAGCUUCAAGCAGAGCCCGUUCCAGGGUAUCGCUGACACCGGCACUACCCUUGCGCUGCUCCCCGAUUCUAUUGUGAAGGCGUACUACCGCCAGGUGUCGGGUGCCAAGCUGGACCAGCAGCAGGGUGGCUACACAUUCCCCUGCUCUGCUAGCCUACCCGACUUCGUCUUCGGUGUCGAGGAUGCUAAAUUCAACAUUCCCGGCCAGUACAUCAACUACGCCCCUGUCGAUGAUUCCACCUGCUUCGGUGGUAUCCAGUCCGACGAGGGUAUUGGCUUUUCUAUCCUCGGUGAUGUUGCUUUGAAGGCGGCCUUCGUCGUCUUCGACAGCUCCGAGGGCAGCCCGAGACUGGGUUUCGCCAAGAAGAACUUGUAAAUCACGACAGUUUCCGCCCCAGUCGACUGGUUGCAUAGUAUAUAUUCGUCUAAAAGCGCACUCGAGCGUAGCACACGUUUUGGGAUUGAUGGUUUGACGAUGAGGUUGGAUUUGAAAUGAUUCUUCUACUUGUAUAUGAUUGGCGCAACUUGAGUGCGUGGACAUUCUUGUUGAGAUGCGACGCUCUGUAUAUCAUUUCCAUAUAAUGAAUUUAACCGGAGCAUUUGAUGAUAUCAAGAAUGGGACAUCUUUCCUACUUCCCAGUAUGAGAUAGCAAUAACUCCGAGUUGGGGGGCUAGCAGGGGGCUUGCUGCGAAUAUAUUAAAGAUGAAUAUGUGAGAUUACACUACGAUACUUAGACCGAAGCACAUUGUAAAUAGAAUGCUUCUGGAAG